ACACACACCUACCUCCUGCGCUCUGCAACCCCUCCCGUCUCUGCUUUUCCUCUAGUCUCUUCAGCUUUGCCUGUCAGUAAGGUACUACUCCACUGUUGGAGGCUUCCCUCCCCCGGACUGUGUACGAGAGCAAGCCGCUGUCGUACCCUGAGGCACGGAGCUCUACUCUUACAGAUUAACCAUGGCUACAAUCGUGACUUCGACCAGGUUUACCGACGAGUACCAACUCUACGAAGAGCUCGGGAAGGGAGCGUUUUCAGUGGUGCGUAGGUGUGUGAAGAAGUCGUCAGGACAAGAAUAUGCCGCAAAAAUCAUCAACACUAAGAAGCUGUCUGCUAGAGACCAUCAGAAACUGGAGAGGGAAGCUCGCAUCUGCCGCCUCCUGAAACACUCCAACAUUGUGAGACUCCAUGACAGCAUUUCAGAGGAAGGCUUUCAUUACCUUGUCUUCGACCUGGUGACAGGAGGGGAGCUUUUCGAAGACAUUGUGGCCCGGGAGUAUUACAGUGAGGCCGAUGCCAGUCAGUGUAUCAGCCAGAUCCUGGAGAGCGUCAAUCACAUCCACCAGCAUGAUAUCGUGCACCGGGACCUCAAGCCCGAGAACCUGUUGCUGGCCAGUAAGAUGAAGGGAGCUGCAGUGAAAUUGGCGGACUUUGGCCUGGCUAUUGAGGUCCAGGGAGACCAGCAGGCCUGGUUCGGCUUUGCGGGCACCCCUGGCUAUCUCUCCCCUGAGGUCCUGAGGAAGGACCCCUAUGGAAAGCCUGUGGAUAUCUGGGCCUGUGGUGUAAUCCUCUACAUCCUCCUGGUGGGAUACCCUCCAUUCUGGGACGAGGAUCAACACAAGCUCUAUCAGCAGAUCAAAGCCGGGGCCUACGACUUUCCAUCCCCCGAGUGGGACACGGUGACCCCGGAGGCCAAGAACCUGAUCAACCAGAUGCUGACCAUCAACCCGGCCAAGAGGAUCACAUCCGAGCAGGCCCUGAAGCACCCAUGGGUCUGCCAACGCUCCACAGUAGCGUCCAUGAUGCACAGGCAGGAGACCGUGGAGUGUCUCCGCAAGUUCAACGCUCGUCGGAAACUCAAGGGAGCCAUUCUCACCACUAUGCUGGUGUCUAGGAACUUCUCAGUGGGCCGGCAGCAUACCAACUCUGCUGCUGCCGCCUCCUCCACGGCCUCGCUGGCUCAGGAAGCAUGCAAAAGUUUACUCAACAAGAAGUCCGACUCAGCCAAGCCCUCGACCAACAACAGUAAGAACAGUAUAGUGAGCGCCAUCAAUGCCCUGAAAGACAGCAACAUGGGAACCAACUCCCAGAUGGAAUCCCAGAGCACCGUGGUCCACAACCCCCCCGACGGUGUCAAGGGAUCAACGGAGAGCAAUGCAACCAAUGACGAGGAGGAGAUGAAGGCGGACAGCUCGGUGCUGAGUCAGAACAGUGCCACAGAGGAGAUGCCCCUCCUCCUCUCCUCAUCCCAGAGUUCACCUGCCAGUAAGUCUGUCUGCAACCCUGGCAAAGAGUUAUCCUCCUAAUUCCCCUCCUUCUCCUUUCUGUGACAAUGGACUCCAAACCCAACCCACCCACCCACACUCCACCGUGGAGAGCCUGUGUGUGUGUGUGUGUGUGUGUGUGUGUGUGUGAUUCCCUGUGUCCCUGCUGGAAGCACUGCAAGCUGACCACGACACACACAUUCCCCUUGGCCAGACUGACUCUCUACUCUCUUGCUCUGUCCUUGUCCUUUUACCUCCUUCGUGACCCUCCCUUCCUCUCCUCCCUUUUCCUCGUCUUUGCAUCCUUCCCGGCGCCUCUUAUCCUGUUUCCAUGGUCCUGGUCCUGCUACACGAUGGCAGCCGUCCCUAAUCUUAGAACUGAUCGUCUUCUGUAAACAUGGGACAUAGAGAACAGUGUCCACCGGCAUGACACAACUAGGUUAAAGAAUACCAUGGUGACCUUCUACUCAGUGGCUAGUGAUUCUGGUUGUUGGGAACACCACGCAAUGUCGUCACCCUAAUGAGAGAGAGAGAGGGAGAGAGUCAUUGUUAGUUGACAAUCACACACUUGGUAAACCAAAGCCGGGUAAAUGUGUCCAAUUAUAUAAAUAUGUGUACACCCGCUGUUAUAAUUGGCCAAUUAGGGCCAAGAGGACUUAAAAGCCGGGCCUUUGAUUGGGCAAACCCCGUGGGCCUCCGUAUUGAUCGUUUAAUCCUCAGAUGUUGAUGAGUGAGGAGUCCCUGAACGUUCCUUUAUCGUAUUCCCUUUUGCCACGGUGACCAACUAGUGCCCCCGGCGAGCCUUGUGUGUUCUGUGCAUCGUUCACGUCUGCACGACGCCAUCGUUAGUUGACCAGCAAUGUCAUUCACCUCCUCGGGUCGGCCACGGCUCCCUGGCCACGCUGCACCAAAACACCGUAGCCGCGUCCGUGGAGACGAACGGCUCCGUCCUCGAGUCUGUUGCUGGUGGCUUUAAUCACUGGCCCUGUCUGAUGCACUGCAGCAUCUCUGCCCUUCUCCCCCUCCCUCCCUCUCUCCCUCCCUCCCUCCCUCCCUCCCUCCACCCUUCCCUCCCAAAAUGUCCCUUCCCCUCUACACUCGGUUCCGAGGAAAACAUGUAUUUGAGUAGAACAGGUGAACAGGCUGUGAAACGACCCCGAUGCAUUCCCGUACGCCACACUUGGCCACUCGUGCGCUGCAGCACACAUGCUGGCGUGGGCCCACAUGCGCUGGUGUUGCCGCAGGCAGAGUCUUGCG